AUGGAUCGACAGAGUCAAGGAGGAGGAAUGUGGAUGAGAGGUGAUACCAUUGGUCGAGGGAGCUUCAGCACUGUUUCUUUGGCCACCGCUAAGCAGAAAUCCAACAAGCGUCGGAACCAUCUCCCACCAUUAAUGGCUGUGAAAUGGGCUGAAGUCUCUCGCUCCAGUACGCUUCAGAAGGAAAGGGAGAUACUCACCAGGUUCGAAGGAUGCCCUCACAUUCUUCGCUGCUUCGGUGACGAGAUCACUACGGAGAAUGGUGAGUUAACCUAUAAUGUCUUAUUGGAAUAUGCCUCUGGUGGUACUCUAGCUUCUCGGAUUAAGAACUUCAGUGGCAGAUUGCCUGAAGCCGAGGUUAGGCGCUACACCCGCUCGAUUCUUCAGGGACUUAGCCACAUUCAUGAUCAUGGUUAUGUUCAUUGCGAUAUCAAGCCCCAGAAUAUUGUUCUCGUGCUUUCCUCAUCUUCUUCUUCAGAUGACUAUGUUACGAAGAUUGCUGGUUUUGGUUCUGCCAAGAAUACCAUGAAAGAACAGAGGAAGAGGAAGAAAGAGCAGCGUUAUUUGAAUUUGAGAGGAACCCCUCUUUAUAUGUCGCCGGAAUCUGUUUCACGCAAGGAACAGGAAGCCCCCUCUGAUAUAUGGGCUCUUGGUUGUGUUGUGGCUGAGAUGAUUAGUGGGAAACCUGCUUGGAAUUGCAAGCCUGACAUGGAUGUUGAUGAGCUUCUUUAUUUGAUCGGUUCCGGCAGGGAAUUGCCUGAGACACCGAGUGAGAUGUCCAAAGAAGGGAAGGAUUUCUUGAAGAGGUGUUUUGUGAGGACUAGCAAUUUCAGAUGGACCGCUGCCAUGCUUUUGCAUCAUCCAUUCGUAUCAGAGAGUGUUCGAGUUCAAACUGCUCCAAAAUUGUCCAAUGAUACAAAUGUUCAAUUAGCUGGGAGUUACGUCGAAGAAUCUACACUGGGAGGUCAAAAGAGGAGGAGGAUCAAUGGCUCUGAUGAUCGUUCUAUUAGUGAUGAGAAAUUGGUGAAGCCAGUACCGAAGGCUUCAAUAAACUACUAG